UGUAACCCACGGUCCCUAACGUUUCGAGCUCCGGUAGACAGUAGACACCGAUCUUGGCUUCGACCUCUCUCUCUCUCCCUCCCUCCCCCUCUCCGGCCCGCGUACCACGAACUAUCGGUUCGGUCGAUCUAUUCCCUCUCUCGUGGUUCUUGUAAUGGCGAAGCCCUCCAAACGAAUCAUCUAUGGAUUCCAAAAGCUCUGUUUCCACGAAAUCCAUCCUAAACCUUUGCCCCAAACCCCCAUUUUUGUUGGCCAGUCUAGAUUCUUCAAUUCCAGGCAUCUGAGCUCCAAUAUGUCUUCCAACCGUCCGUCACCUUCGGAAAUCUGGAGAAGAGCUUAUUCUAAUGAGGUUUUCUCAAAACCCGCAUCUCAAAAUGGUAUUUUUCCUCGUUUGAUCUCCCCAAAGUUCAAUGCGUACUCUCUACAACUCAAUAGCUUCAACAGGAAUUGCUCUUAUGGGAAUUUCCUUUCUGGAUUUUCGAUCUCGAGGCAUAUGAGUUCCGGAAUCCUUAUCAAGUUGCCUUCUUUGUCUCCUGGGAUCAAAGGGCUUGGCAGGAUCAAUAAGAAUGAGUUGAAGCACAGAUUUUUCUCAGUUAAGGGUUUCAACUCUGUCAAAUUUACGGGCAAUUUUGGGCAAUCGGUGGUUGACAAGCCAUUGUCUGCGGUUACAUCGGCUUUCUCGCGGUAUCGUGAGGCAGUAGGCUUGCAAGUUGAGGCAUUUUGGAAGAGAAAUUACUUAGCUCUUGUGGGGGCUGGGGCAGUAGUCGUCUGCAUUGCACUUUGGAGAAUAAUGUUUGGAGUUGCAAGCUCUUUUGUGGGGCUUUCAGAAGGCAUGGCGAAGUAUGGGCUCCUUGCUCUGGCAACUGCCAUGGUAGCUUUUGCCGGCAUGUAUCUUCGUUCAAGAUUCACUAUUAAUCCAGACAAAAUUUACAGAAUAGCAAUGAGAAAGUUGAACACAUCUGCUGGGAUUCUAGAGGUGAUGGGUGCCCCUCUAACUGGGACAGAUGUGAGAGCAUAUGUUAUGUCUGGAGGUGGACCUAAACUGAAGAACUUUAAGCUUAAGUUUGGUGAUAAACGGUGUUUCCUCAUUUUCCCCAUCAAAGGAUCUGAAAGGAGGGGACUUGUAAGUGUUGAAGUCAAGAAAAAAAAGGGCCAGUACGACAUGAAACUACUUGCAGUUGAUAUACCAAUGGCAGCAGGACCUGAUCAGCGGCUAUUUCUAAUUGGAGACGAGCAAGAAUACCAAGUUGGUGGGGGGUUGAUAUCUGAACUAAGGGACCCCAUAGUAAAAGCAAUGGCUGCGGAAAAGGAGUUUGAAGAUCUCGAUCAACAGGAGGAGGAAGAAGAUGCAAUUAGAGAGCAAGAGGAGGCAGAAAGAAGACAGCAUGAGGAGAAAGAAAGAGCACUUGAUGAGGAAGAAAGAAAAUGGCGUGAGGCGAGAUGCUAGAAGAAGGUAGGUUGUGGAAGUGUUGGUUGGCUUUAGCUUUUCUUGUUCUGCCCUUCUUUUUCUUUUCUUUCCCUGAGUACAAAACAGUGGCAUGCUUUUUUGUGAGAGAACAGAAUGUUGGAUUGUAUCACAAAGGCUCAGGCCAAAGAAGUUUGAAAGGAUUUAUUUCUCUUUUUUCUUAUUGCUGUCAUUGAGACAAUGGGUUUGUCACUCAUGAGGCAUUAAAGCAUUGAAAGCGUUCAAUAAGUUUAGUCA